AUGCUGGUAUUUGCAGUUCUCCGCCUGGGAGGGCCUCAGUCAUUCUGCGACCUUUCAUUUACACAUCAGAGACAAGUUUGAAAGGUUUCCUAAUGACUCUUUGCCGUCUUUGUAUCCUGACCGCGGUGACCGCCGUCAUGUAAUAGCGACAACAUUCCCGGACUCCUGUAUAACAGCCACCCUUGGGAAACUGUAACAACGGCAGCAAUGCAGAAAUAUCCCAAUCCAAUGAAUCCAAAUGUGGUUGGUGUAGAUGUACUGAACAGGCACGUGGACCACAGUGGGAAGCUGCACAGCCACCGGCUACUGAGCACAGAAUGGGGAAUGCCUUCCUUGGUCAAAUCCAUUAUUGGGGCAUCGAGGACGAAGACCUACAUCCAGGAGCAUUCGGUGGUGGAUCCUGAGGCCAAAACAAUGGAACUAAAGUCCGCUAAUAUCACCUUCACACAUAUGAUAUCUGUGGACGAAAGACUAGUCUACAAGCCACAUCCCCAGGAUGACAAAAAAACUGUCCUGACCCAGGAAGCCAUUAUAGCUGUAAAAGGAGUCAGUCUGAGCAGCUAUUUGGAGGGAAUGAUGGCAAAUACCAUAUCCAGCAAUGCCAACAAGGGUCGGGAUGCCUUGGAAUGGGUCAUCAGUAAACUAAACACUGAAUUAGGGGAUCUGAAAGCAACAACCAGAGGAGGCAUCAGGACGACCAUGGCUGCGGCAGCCUAUGUAGAGGAAUGAUUGUUCAGCACAAGUGAUUCAUACUGGAAAGGCUGCGUCGUCUCUCCGUGCACAUAGUCUAUUUAUUCUUAUUUAAGAAUGUAUUAUAUUAUGUAGGAUUUUUUUCAAAUUGAAGCUUGGAGAGAAGUGGGAACAAGAAGACUGGGACCAGGCUGUGAAGUGAUCGCUUAUAACUGUAGCAUCGUCUCUUCCUAAUAAACCAAGUUUCUAAUGUCGGCGCAGUUGAGACGUUAUCGCACCAGCUUCAUGGCCUCCGUCGGACCAAGAGUCAUGUUAAACCAGUGCUUCUUUAUGAAGUCCCCCGCACUGCUCUAAAAGAAUGUUCUGACUAUGUUUAGACCCUUAUGAAUACACAUACCUCUAGCAUGCUAGAUCAGGGGAUCCCUCUGGAUCCGCGACCAAUCUCUUGACCAUUGACUUAUACAGAAAGCAGUGGAGCUGACUUGGUCGUUUGUGGAGCCUAUUGUAAUAUCACGUAGCUGCAACAUAUGCAAACAAUGGUAAUGCAAUAGCCAGAUAAAUGACAAAUUCAGCCCUGCUAUAUCUGUGAGUGGCUGCAUUUAGAGCAUUGUUAUACCCCUGAAACAUGAUAUAAUGGUGGUCUCUGUUUUAGUAGCUGAAUGUUACCCAGACCAGAUUUUAGUUUGUAGGGCUUGUUGCCCCUCUAUACAGCAGCCAUACUGGUGGCGAUGUGUUAAGACCAGUGCAAGUAAAUCUUAUUUUCUAGUGUUGCCAAAGCAACCAAAUGACCACUCUUCCAUCUAGUACAUGUUAGAACGUAAAAGUAGAAACUUGAUUGGUCGCUAUGGGCAAAACUGUACAUUUUAAAUUGCGGCAGUAAUAAUUCUCUCUUGUCUUAUGACCACUGCUCUAUAGAUCAGUGACUGGCGGCCAAACCUAAGCAUUAUAAUGUGCUUUAUGGCUUUGGCUGCAUUACUCUUUUUGCUCAUUUAUGUGAAUGGUCAGUUUUGCAAGUUACAGAAAAACUUGGGGUACAGUUUUUUUUUGGGGGGGGGGGAGCGGGUUAACAUUUGCAAAUGUGGCAUUGGUACAGCAAGGAAUCCGCAGCAUAAACUCGCAUGGUAACCAUUGUGUUUUGGGAGGGGUGGGAUUUAAAGUUAUAGAAAAUGUUGCUAGUUUGGUUCUUGAAUGGGAAAAAAAACCCCACAAAUUUUCAAUUGGAAUUUUUUCUUGUCAUGGCCGAAAUCUGCAGCGGGCAAAUUUCCUAUAGCGGUUGUAUACUCCUCAUAUAGGACAGUAGAACCCAGAACUGGAAUCUGUAGUAAAGGGGUACUCUAGUCAUAAAACAUAUGCUUAGGAAUUUCGGUAGGAAAUGUCUGUGCAGCAGAAUCCCAUUGCUGGCAGUGGGAUUCCCCUGUACAGUAAACACUUCAGAAUUUUAGUGCCGACGUUCCGCCACUAAAAUGUUGUCGCCAAAAGGCGGAAUUUGUUUUUCAGUCUAUGGGGAUCGCAAUGUCAGCGCGGUCCUAGUGCCUACUGAUUCAGUCGGCGCUGGCUGCACUCUGAAGCUCUGAAUGGAAUUUUUCCGUCCAGAGCUUCGUAAGUAUGAACUUAGCCUUGUUGUGCAGGUCAACUGAUAUAUGGCAGUGAAUACUCCUUUAAAACAUUUUCCAGCUUCCAUGUUGUCAUACAAGUCCAUAAUGAUAUGUUUGUUUGUUUACUGUUGAAAUGCUAACAAAAAGUUUUUCUAAUCGCUAUUCACUGGUGUGGAACAAUAUGGCGGCUGCAGUAAACAAAGGGGGAAAAAAAGCUAAAACUUAAUAACCCAUAUGUGGGUUCGGCCAUUGCUGGUUCAGGAAUGUCAGAAAUGUAAUAACCCAAAAUGAUAUUUUUAACAGCUUACUUUAUUUUACUUUCUAACACCCAUUAUCUAGCCCAGUCUUUUUAGAUUAAUAUGGUAACGGCAGUUCCCCCAAAUUGACGUGUACAAAAAAUUCACAGUACUUAGUAUGUAGACUACAUGGCAGCCAUUUUGUAUCUACCUCUGAAUAAUAUGGAUGGAUCAAAAUGUGUGGUAAUCAAACAAAAUGGUUGCCUUUGCCUGACCCGCCACAGAAAACGUGUCUCUUUGUUAGCUGCUGCAACCAGUUAGGGGGCUGCUUUUGGUUUUGCAUGGCUGAACUCUGGUUGGUUGCUGGGGGCAACAAGGUUAUUUUGCUUUCUAUGAGGCAGUUUUGUUGUUUUGAAGUUAUUUGAAGGACUUUAGGUCAGCACUUGCCUUUUUUCUUGGGUAAGGUAGAUGUGAAGUACUGUAUAAAAGCCGUGGUCUGGAACAUGUGGCUGAGCAGCUGAAACUAUAACUCCCAGCAUGGCCUUCUCAGGGCACUAUAGGAGUUGUAGUCUCACAACAGAUGCUCAGCCACAGGUUGCACACCGGCGGUUUGGGAAAAUGACACAAUUUUUGUGCUUGCUUGUGAAAGAAAAUGUAACAUGGCCUUAUUUGUACAGACAAUAAGGGUUAAACAAACAUUUUGUACGACUAGCACUCCUGAGUUUAUUUUUAUAUUGACCUUGUUGUUUAUGUAAUGUAUGUCAUGUCGACAAGCAAAUGCCAGUAAAAACUGGGAACGAAACAAACUGUGUCGAUCUUUAUU